AAUGUUCAUCUUCUUGCUAUUGAACAUUUCUUGUACUUUCAAUUGGUUAUGAAGAACCAAAAAAGUGCCGCAAAAGAUAUACAGUUACCUCACAUCAGGGAAGUCAGUUCCUCAUUUUGUUUUUGGGAAAACGUACUAGUAAUGAAGACCUUCACAACAAAAGAAGUUGUUUCAAUUUGCAGGGCUUUUGUGUAUUCGAAAAACAGACUAUACGUUGAAAAUGUAUUAGAUUGUGAAAUUGGAUCCAUCAGGUUCAACUGGUAUCAGACCAUUUAUAGGGGACUGCAACUAUUACCAGGUGACAUAGUUGAUGAGCAGAUCAUUUUUAUGGUGUCGGAUCAUCUAAAAGCCUGUGAUCUUGAGCGUUAUGUAAAGGAAGAUAGUGAAAAUAAUGAGGCUUUGCUACGAGUGAUGAAAACCAACGAAUCGCUGUGGAAUUUUGUUGGCCAGUAUUCAAGUGAAACUGCUUUCACGACUGGCAGCUUCGGAGUAUAUUUAUCUCAACUAAUUUUAACAUGGUUCAAAGAUGAACUGUAUAAUAUUUUUCAGCUUCUCCAAAAUGUUGUAUUAAGCGAUCUUUUCUCCUGUCAUACGAACAAAAACAUUUUGUUGAAUAUAUUUACUUGCUGCUUGUGCAGCAGAGCAGACCAAGCUCUGGAGAAUCCAGCUGAGUGGGAUAGCUUAAUCGGGCUUGUGGAAGUUUCCCGUACCUUUGUGCAUGAUUUGAAUGUAAGGGUACAGAACUUUAGUACAUCAGACUCUGAAUGCCCUGAUCCUUUCCAGCAUACAAUUAACAUGGUUCGAUUAGUAAAAAUAUCACCUGAUGUACUAAUGGUUGUAUCCAUCGUACAAGAGUAUUCUAGUGAUAUGUGGCUUAGUCAUCUGCUUGCGUACAAUUUGUUUGAAUUGUGUGUGAUCCAGUAUAAUGUUGAUGACAAUGACAAUAAUCUUCACACAAAAAUGCUUCUUAUGGACCAGAAGUUUCUUCAGAUUCUGUACAAUGUAUUUAUAAAUGAUGUCAGCAAUGCAUCUGCUAGUGCUAGUGCUAGUUCUUUAUGCAAUUCCUUCUCAUUUGAACAGCUAUGUGCGAUUGUUGACUUACUUCCAUACAUAGAGCCAUGUCCUGCUGCUUUCUCAGUUCUCUGUAGGAAUUCAAUUUUUUGUUGGGAAAAAGAAAUUCAAAUGAUCCAUUUCAAACAGUAUCUUGAUCAGUGGAAAGACUUAACGGCAAUUGAUAAACAAAGAACCAUAUACAUGAUGAACAGGGUUCGAUUAGAUUCUGGAAUGACUCACAUAAAAUUCAUGUUGCUGCUAUACAAAAUACGAAGCAAAUAUACUCGAGGUAAUGCAAAGGACAGCAAGCUACUAAUGUCUGUUUUUGAAGCCCUUUACUAUAAACAAAUCAGCCUUGAGCAAUUGAAUGAUAUUGCAGGUAAUCAAUGGAUUCGAUCUAUCAGAACUUUGCUUAAUAUGACUACUGCUAGAAAAUGCCUAUCUAGAAAUCCAGACGAUGUAGUUGAUUUGAUUCACAAUCAAUUGCAAGUUGAGUCUGAUGACCCAGAACUCGGUAUAUGUGACCUUACUGUCAUCAGGAACGAGGCUAGAGGGGUACUUCAGCAUCUUGAACAUUGUUCUAUGAUUCCUAAUGCCACUGAAAGGGAAUUGAAACAGUUUUUCAGUUUGCUGCAAAGGCAUGUAACUAUUGAAGACAGAAUGCAGUGGCUAGAAACGCAUCGAGUACCAUUUGUUUCCUCCGUAAUUAAAUCCUGGAUUUUAUCAUCAGUGUCUGGCUCUGAUGUACAGCAAGUUCAAAUCCCAUAUAGCACCCAAAUGAUAUCACUGCUUCUCUUUCUGCAUUCUAGAAAUAAAGGUCUUCUACAGCAAGUAAAAACUGGAGAAGGAAAAACAUUAAUUGUUGGAAUGUUAGCAGGUGCUAAAGCUCUACUGGGAUUUAAUGUAGAUGUUGUAUCUAGCAAUAGAGACUUGGCUCAGAGUGGGAUGGAGAAGUGUCAGCCUUUUUUUAGAGUACUCGGACUAAAAGCUGCUAUUAAUUGCACAGAUGAUGAUGACACUAAUCAACAAGCUUACAAAGUACAUAUUGUUUAUGGUGAUGUUGGUUCUUUUCAACGUGACGUUCUUCAGGAAGAGAGUGAACCUGGUGUGAAAGUCAACUUCAAAAAUCGAUACUCUGAACCAGAGAAAAACUGUCUUAUUGUCGAUGAAGUAGACAGUAUGUUUCUAGACAAAGCACAGCACAUGCUUUAUCUCUCUCAUGAUAGCCCGGCAUUGAAACAUUUAGAAACAUUGUUCCUACAUAUUUGGUCUGCUAUGAUCAGUGUUUCAUCUACUUAUGUUGAAAAUGUAUCCGCACGCUUAAUAGAGAUAGCAAAGCACAUGAACACUCUUAUAAAGGAUGAUACUAUACCAGUUCCUGAUUACUUGAAAGUGUUUUGUGAGAAAAAAAUGGAAAGCUGGGUGAAAAGUGCCUACCUUGCUAUGACUAUGGAUGCCAAUGACCAGUUUGUUAUUGAUCAUCAGAAGCAAGGAAAUUCUGAAGUGAAAAGGAUAUUUCCAAUUGACAAGCAAACUGGUAUUGAACAGUACAAUAUGAAGUGGAGCAAUGGUCUCUCUCAGUUUCUCGAGUUGAAAUAUCGGCGUCCAAUAUCAUCAGAAAGCCUUAAAGCUAUUUUUAUUUCUAAUAAAAGAUUUUUCCAGAAAUAUGGCAAGCAACUAUUUGGACUGACCGGAACUAUCGGAUCUAUUACAUCACGGAAGUUGCUUCAAAAAGUGUACGGUAUAAUUACAGUUGAGCUACCAACUAACAAACCGAAACUCUAUGCUCAACGUAAAUCUCGAAUUGCAACGAGUGAACAAGAUUGGUCUGCUCAAAUUUGUGAUGAAAUCUCAAUCAGAGCAAGUGAACAGCCAGUUUUGGUUAUCUGUGAAAACAUAAAGCAUUUGGAGUGUAUUAAGCGUUACAUGUUAUCUCAAGGUGCCAUCAGUGAGAAAGACAUUAUCAGCUACGCUCGAGAUGGUGACAACGUAGAAAAAAAAUUCAAACACCAACAUGGUGCAAAACCUGGUCAGAUUGUUUUAGCUACAAACAAAGGAGGUCGUGGAACAGACAUUGUAAUCAGUGAUAAAGAUGCCCCAAAAGGCCUACAUGUAAUCCUCACAUUCCUGCCAGAGAAUACAAGAAUAGAAGAGCAAGCAUUUGGGCGAGCGGCUCGAGCUGGGCAAGCAGGAAGUGGAUGCUUAAUUAUUCAAAUCAAUCAGCAAGAAUACAAAUCAAUAUUUCAAACAUUUGACACUCUCGAAGCAGCAACAGAAAUCCUUGUAGAACUGGAAAAGGCAAAACGUAAUAAGACUGAAGCAAAUCGUCUUUCUGUGUUACUAAGUGAUGGUCUUCCUAGGUUGGAAUUAGAAGAACAGUUGUAUCUUUUGUUUCAAAAAUGCAGACAUUUAUUUACAGUAGCAGUUCAAAAUUUUUCAUUGAUGAACGUGCAGGUUGGUAAAGCUGCGAUAAGUGCUCUUCUUGGGGUUGUAACUGAUCAUUGGGCCUACUGGCUAGAUUCAAUGCAUGCUCAGAUUCAUUCUGUAAGUUGUGAAAGUGAAAAGCAAUUAGUUAUCAAUCUCUUCAGCAAAGAUUUCCCUGCUCAAGGCUAUCCACUACCGUCUUCAAUAGAUGAUACCAACUUUUUUAAGCAUCCAGAGAGCUAUGUCACAUUAGGGAUUGCUCUCCUCAGAGAUAUUACUGAGAGUCCUAGUGGAAACAACAUUAAAAGUCAGCAUUUACAUGCCACAGCCCUAGCCUGUUUUGAACAUGCAGAAAAAAGUGGUGAUUUAACUGGACUUCCUGCAAUGGCAUCAUGUUAUUGCUUCAUCAAACUUAACCCUGAUGCUAGUAAAACUAAUAUGAAACAAGCUCGACGUUACUUGAAAAAGGCUAGAACUCAUUUAACGUCCUUAAAGCAAACACUGAUGGUAAAUGCUGAGGUAGGCACAAAGCUUAUUGAAAUGAUUGAUGUUAGCCAGUAUAUUCAUGAUGAUGAAAACUGCUAUACUCAUCAAGUUGAAGAGAAGAUGAAAGUCCUUGGCUUACAUCUUCAUACGGUGGAAUUACUGUUGGGCAAUAUAAUUGAUGAGCAUUCGUUUGUGAAUGAAUCAGCACUUACGGAGGAGAAGAUAUCAGAAGAGCAGUCCAAAACAAUUUACCACAAGUUGGUCACCUUAGGCUUCAUUUGUCACAACAAAGUUAGAAAAUAUUGGAAAAACGAAACUGUUAUAAAGAAACUUAUACUCGAAAAGGUUGAUGAGCAAGUAUCUGUCGCAUUAAUCAAACUAGUCUUAAAUAAACCCGUUAUCAACGAAAGUGAUUUGAUUGGUCUUGUGAACAGUUCUGAUGAAUUGUGGGACAUCAUAAGUCCAUUAUUGGAGACCUCAGUAAACGUGCGAGUAAUUUUUGCUAGCAAGGUAGAUUCAGCAACAUUGGAAGAUGAUAGUCUCAACAUAUGGAAUGAAUUUAAGAGCUCCUUUGAAACUGAUCGAAUUGACUUACCUUGGGAUGAUGAACGUACAAAUACGUAUAAGGAGUUUCUUGUUUACUUGGAAGGAAAAAAGCUGUGCACAAGCACCAAGAAAGGAUUACUUAAGCAAGAUAGCGUUAUUAUGAUGGAAAGCCUUGAGCUUGGAAAGUAUGAAAACUGUUACAUGUACAAUAAAGGACACAAGCAAACACUGCGCAGCUACCUAUUGUGUUUCUUUGAGUAUUGUCAGCAAAAUGAAGAUUGUUUUUUGCUGGAGUACAUGUUACCAUAUGGAAACAAAGCAUUUGAAGCUAAGAAAAUGCAUGCUUUUUUACAAGAGCAGGACAUUCUGAAAUCUGGCCAGCUUGUUCAGCACAAGUAUGGUGUUGGUAAAGAACUUCAGCAUGCUAUUGCUACAUCGCUAGGAAAGGAAUACUCACCUUUCCGAGUUGAUUUUAUAGUACGAAUACUUGGACGUUUACAAGGGGAAAUUCGGAAAUUUGAAAGAAAAAUGCAAGUGGACUUUGUGGACUUUAAUGACCUUCCAGAUCGUCCAGAAGAAAUUCCCGAGGAGCUGGCCUUCUUUGCUGCAUGGCAUAUGGAUCAAUUUCUGUCAAUUGAACAAGCUGACAAAGGAUAUUGGGAUUGGAAUGCAUUUGCCUGUGCUACACUUGGUAUGGCACAGGUAAUUGGUGGAGCUGCCUUGAUAAGUCUUGGUGUUACUGCCAGCAUUGGUAGUGCGCUUAUUGCAGAGGGAGUAAAUGACAUGGUGUACGCCACUAUGGCUGGAUUAACUGGAACAUUCACUUGGAAAGACUAUGCCAUACACAAAUCUAUCAGCUUAGCUCUGACUAUUGCAACUGGUGGAAUUAGUGCUCUUGCUAGUCCUGUGAAGAUUGUUUCAAAGUUAGGAUCUGCAACUCCUUUCUCGGUGUUCAUUAAAGCUACAGCUGGAGCAACCAAAAAGUUUGUAUUUUAUGCUGCCACCACUUAUAUCUCAGAUGUAGUUUUAGAAGAAAUUCAGGAACGUGUUGUGCAUGCUACAAUCGAAUCAAUUGAGAAACGUCUCAUAUCCAAGUGUAGGGAAGGACUUCACUCCCGAUUAAAGAAUCUAGCCCAGCAAGUGAACAGUGAUGAUGAAUUUCACAGCAAAUGUCAGAGGAUUGUUAGCAAUAUGAGGACUUCUUUAGGUAUGAAUACCUUACUACCAGCUGAAUUUGAUUUAAUACGAUCACAGGUUGUGUCUUCGUUGCAAUUUAACUACAAACGUAUUGCUGAAAAUCUAGGAAAUAGUAAUUCCACAACUGUACGUUUGCUUAGCAAAGGUGCAAAGGUGGCCUAUUAUGCAAACAAGGCUAUCUCUGUGGUAAAUGCAGGCGUAAAAUUAGGAGGAGCCACGGUUGCUCUGCUUGAUUUGUUCAAAGGAGACUUCAACUUACAUGAGUAUGUCCGUCAAGCUGAAGAUAUUGACGCAAACCUCAUUGAACGCAAAGCCACAGAAAUUGAAGAUUGUUUAUUACGAUUUAUUCAUCAGCAAUUGCAUGAGAAACUUAGAAUGGCAGUGCAUUAUACAGUGAAACGCAGCCUCAAAGGUAUUGCUAAAGCCAGCAAAAUUGCUUUAUCUAGUGCUGUCAAAAAAGCUUCAACUCAGACAAUCACAGACCUUUCAAUGACUAGUGUAUCAGAAAAUAACAAACAAGCAAGGGUUUCUAACUGUGAUCAAGGCCAACAAGACCGUAAAGCAGGAUUUGGGUCAGCAGAUCAUGGUCAAGUGGGUAAAAUGGACAACAACCUUGAUUUACAGCAGAGGGAUACCUUCCAGAGCGAAAUACUAGAACCAACAGUUCAAACAGCAUAUGGCAAUGAUACAAAGCUUGACGAAAUUAAGACAAAGAAAAAGUCCAAAAAGAAGAAGAAAAAGAAGAAGAAAAAGAAGAAGAAAAAGAAAUUGGAGCUUGUUGCUCAUCCAAAGGCAAUGCUCUUAACACCACCAUCUGGCCCACCACCAACGCCACUACAGAAAAUUUCCUUAGAAAUUAGAUUUUUUCCUAGUAUGGACAAGAAAUUACAACCAAUGACUGUUAGAUUUAUACGUGAUGAAGUUACUCAUAUAAAGCCUUAUGAUGUGGCAACACCCCCCCUAUAGUAUAUAAACAAUGUAUACACAGUUGUGUGAUGGUAGUAUGUCGUAGAGUGUGUGUCGUAGAGUGUGUGUCGUAGAGUGGACUGCGUGAGUAUAAUUAUGUGCAAGGUGCGCAUGUAUAUAAUUAUAUAGUCUAUAUUUAUUAUAAUUAUGCUACGUUUUAGUUUUAUAAUUCUAUAAUUAUUAUAUUACAUGUGAAAUAAUACAGUAAUCACUUUUUUGUA